GUUCAUGAUGAGCAUCCCUUUCCCAUCAUGGAAUGAACAACAAAGUCUAUUCAUGCUAUCAAGUGUUGAUACCGAGACAUGCAAUCAGCUGAGCUUGGAAAACCCCCUACCCGCUCUUCAUCGGCCCGAGUCGGACGCCGGCUCCAAGAAGAUGGCCAUUCCACGACUUGGGGAUGGAGCAGAGUCAGCCUUUACCUCACCUGGUAGGUUCCACCGUCGACAUGUACGUCGAGCAUGUGAAAGCUGUCGACAGAGAAAGACCAAAUGCACUGGUGACAAGUCUGGGUGUCGCAAUUGUCGGGAGGCUGGCAUUAUUUGCUGCUAUACCGAUGGUAAAAGAGAGAAGUCGAAACGGCAGCUGGCUAGUCUGUCGGCUAAAGUGCAGGCCUAUGAAGAUGUCAUCAGAAAACUGAGCAAUCGCUUCGGGGUCUCUGAUGAACAGCUUGUCAACAUUGCUUUGGUAGCGGAAUCAGCUCCUGAUCUGGCACUCAACGCCGAGGCCGGCCUUGCCACUACAGGGGAGCGAAGCCAGGACUCAGGCUCGGAACCACCCCCAUAUCGAUCUUCGUCACCCAGCGCAUUGGAUGGCGUGGACCACACAGGAGAAGACUUUAACAGAGACGAGACAGCACGAGCAACCGGAUUUAUUGGUAGAAGCUCGGAGAUUUCCUGGCUUCAGAAGCUGAGCAAGGAAGUCAACAAUGAGUGCGAGGAGUGGUCUUCGAGCAAAUCUAAUGAGGAUGAUGAUAACGGUCUACCCUCUCCAACUUUGACCCCGUUACCUGAGAAGCCCAGUGAUCCACUUGUGGCUUCAUCCAGCUACUAUAUCGAUGACCUGGAUGUUCCAAAGAAAGAGCAGGUCGAUGCAUUCGCCGUACCCUCGCGGGACACGGCAACUAAACUGCUCAAUGCCUACCUGACCUCGGUGCAUCCAUCCCUCCCAAUCAUUGGAAUCUCGACUUUCAUUUCGCAGUUCCAAGUCUUCUUCAGUCAGCCCUCUCUCAAACCAGGAAGCAAGUGGCUGGCUAUUCUCAAUUUGAUAUUUGCCAUUGCGUCAAAGUAUGGACAGCUGACCGAUGCAGAGUGGAAGGAAGGCGAAGAUGAUCAUCAAAUGUACUUUUCUCGGGCGAGAAGUCUGAGCCUGGAAGACCAGCUUUUGCAUCAUCCUGAUUUGCAGCAACUCCAGGUUGAGGGACUUGCUUGCUUCUACUUGAUUGCAUCUGGUCAUAUUAAUCGAGCCUGGAAGUUAUCCGGAAGUGCCGUCAGAGGAGCACUAGGCCUCGGACUACACUUACAAAACGUGGGUGUAUGCACAUCUGACACUUCCAAAGAAAUCCGAUAUCGCGUCUGGUGGUCACUUUACAACAUUGAACACCUUCUCGGUGUCAUGACAGGACGUCCAUCCUGCAUCAUCGACAGCUCUUGUACCACACCACUCCCAGUUCCUUUUGAUGAAAGUGACUUCCAAAAAGAAGAAGUUGCCCAGCUCAUCGGUGUUGUUGGACGUGGUACAUCGAGCUCUCUGGACCGCAUGUCAUUCAGUAGCAGUACUGCCAAUUUGGAUUCAACUGCGGACUCGGACGGGAAUGACACCCCAGCUGAAUGUGACACGAAACGAAGUCAGGCAGAGUACUUCAAGAGUCUCCCUCCGUGCAUGUCUCUGUACUUCUUGCAGAUGACAUCCCUGACUACAAUCGCCAAGCGAAUGACGACCAAGCUGUACAGCCCCGAGGCACUGCAGUCCCCGUGGGCGAGCAUCGAAUUUACGAUCCAAAGUCUCAUGUUAGCAAUUGAUUCUUGGUUCAUGAAUCUUCCCUCGGCGUACGACUUUACUUCCACGCAGACUUCUCAAUGUCCUGUCGGACAGCGGCUGGGGCUUGCCUUUCUGUUCUACAGCACCAAAAUUGGAAUUACCCGCCCUUGCCUCUGUCGGCUCGAUUCGUCUCCCCCUGAGGAUGAAAAGGCGCAUGAGUUCUGCAGCAAGACUGCUGCCGAGUGUGUUGAGUCCGCAUGCCAUAUGCUGACGUUAUUCCCUGACACACCGGAUGCUGCUAUGUUGCAUCGGAUCUCUCCAUGGUGGUGCACCUUGCAUUAUCUGAUGCAAGCAACCACGGUCCUUCUACUGGAGCUCGCAUUCCACUCCCAGCAUGUCCCUGAGAAAGCGAACAUGGUUUUGAAGGCUGCCAAAAAGGCUAUUGACUGGCUCUCCGCGCUGUCCAAGACAAACAUGGCGUCGGAAAGAGCUUGGAAGCUAUGCGAUGGCUUCUUGUGCCGUCUUGCACCCUACAUCGGAAUCGAUGUCAAUGAGAUGUCUGAUAACGAGGGGUCAUCAAGUAACUCUCUCUUUGAUGCCCCAGAUAUCGGCUCCACCGAACUUGGCGAUGAUCCACUCGUUGAUGAUCUCUCUUUCGAUCAAACAUCGACUUUGCCUGCGGCUACAGUAACUACGGCGGAGUCUAUUGCUGCAGGAAUGGACUCCACUGCUUGCUCGCCAAUCAACCCACUUGUCAGUCCUCUUGAUAUGUCGGCGUCUUACAGUCUUGAAGUACCGGACCUUUUGGAUACACUGACCAAGUCAGAGAAUUCUCUCUCGGGUCCACUACCGUACGACGAGCUAUUCCCCUAUGAUCCGGCGACUGGUCAGAUUACUCGGUCAUUCUUCCCAUUGGGGCCAAACAUGGAUCUUGAUAUGGGGUAUUUCUGGGGUGAUGCUGUAUGUUAA